GGCAGGGCUAUGUGACGUCACCACGGAAGCAUUUUCCUGUUUGUUUGCUAACAUGAUAAACCUCGCCCUCGUAACUUGCCUCCAUUAUGUUGUAUUUUCAUCUCUUUUGGGGAUGAAGCCGCUUCGUCUUUGAGUUCCUCUGCAAUCUCUCGCGGGUCGUCGCUGCCCGUAUGGUGCCGCGGGUCUGCGUUACGACGCCGCCACUGGGCUUCUUGCAGUGUGUGUGGCCUUGCAAUUCAACUUGUUUACUCCGUCGGUCAUGUUUAUUUCCUGAAGAUGGCGGCCACGGGGACACGGUAAACUAAAUGACUGUCAGAAACAUCGCCUCCAUUUGUAACAUGGGCACCAAUGCCUCCGCACUGGAGAAAGACAUCGGCCCCGAGCAGUUCCCCAUCAAUGAACAUUACUUUGGUCUGGUCAAUUUUGGCAACACGUGCUACUGCAACUCGGUGCUGCAGGCGCUCUACUUCUGCCGGCCGUUCCGCGAAAACGUGCUGGCCUACAAGGCCCAGCAGAAAAAGAAGGAAAACCUGCUCACGUGCCUGGCCGACCUCUUCCACUCCAUCGCCACGCAGAAGAAGAAGGUGGGCGUCAUCCCGCCCAAGAAGUUCAUCUCGCGCCUGCGCAAGGAGAACGACCUUUUCGACAACUACAUGCAGCAGGACGCCCACGAGUUCCUCAACUACCUGCUCAACACGGUGGCCGACAUCCUGCAGGAGGAGAAGAAGCAGGAGAAGCAGAACGGCCGGCUGAAGAACAACGGGCCCCCCGCCGACGCCGAGAUGGCGACGACGACGGCGACGGCGGCGGCCGAGAACAAGACGGAGCCCACCUGGGUGCACGACAUCUUCCAAGGCACGCUGACCAACGAGACGCGCUGCCUCAACUGUGAGACGGUGAGCAGCAAAGAUGAGGACUUCCUCGACCUUUCAGUGGACGUGGAGCAGAACACGUCGAUAACGCACUGCCUCAGGGAUUUCAGCAACACGGAGACGCUGUGCAGCGAGUACAAGUACUACUGCGAGAUGUGCUGCAGCAAGCAGGAGGCCCAGAAACGGAUGUGCGUGAAGAAGUUGCCCAUGAUCCUGGCGCUGCACCUGAAGAGGUUCAAGUACAUGGAGCAGCUGCACCGUUACACCAAGCUGUCGUACCGCGUGGUCUUCCCCCUGGAGCUGCGCCUCUUCAACACGUCCGGCGACGCCGUCAACCUGGAUCGCAUGUACGACCUGGUGGCUGUGGUGGUCCACUGCGGCAGUGGCCCAAACAGAGGGCAUUACAUCACCAUCGUGAAGAGUCAUGGUUUCUGGCUGCUGUUUGACGAUGACAUCGUGGAGAAAAUCGACGCUCACGCCAUCGAGGAGUUUUACGGACUUACCUCAGACAUCUCCAAGAACUCCGAGUCGGGAUACAUCCUCUUCUACCAGUCCAGGGAGUGACCCCCUCCCCCACCACCACCCCUCCUCCCGCCUCCUCGUCGUCUUCCUCCUCCACGUGUGACAACACAGCCCCUCUUGAACUUUUUAACUGACUUCGCCUGCAUCUGAGCGCACUUUAUGCAAAGCAAAAUACUCUACAGAGGAUGGUGUAUAAAUUGACCCAUUCUCCUUCCUCUCAAUUCCUAUGCAUUUUUAAUUUUUUUUUUUUUUUUUUUUUAGUGUUUUAAAGUGAUAUUUUAAUUUUGGAAAACUACCUAAAUACGGGAUCAGUCGACACGGCACAUGUACAAGACAUUCUGCGGCUGGAGUCUCUUAUUUAUUGAACUUAUUUAUUCCUGUAACGUAGCACUAACCGUCAGACACAAGCAACACAGUAGUUUUAUUUUUGUAAUUGUAUUUAUUUUUUUUAAGCGUUUAUUGCUGGUUAGUGCAAGACAUCAGCAUUGUCCCUCUUCAAGGAGGCCAUUGAAUUUGGGCUUCGGUAGUUUUUGUUUCCAUUUCUUUUAAUUUUUCUGUUCAUUUGAACACUAAGUGUUUGUUGCUCAUCAAUAAACAUCAAAUAUUAAAUCUCGUGGGACCUUAAGACCUUUACAUUGAUGUUAAAAAUCCUUCCCUAUGUUUAAUAUUGCACUUUUUGUCCACGAUGUCUUGUAGCGACACAAGUUUAGUGGCCUUCCCACGGUCCGGGUAACUGUUAAUCAUAUGAUCGGGCGAAUGCAAAUGCAGUUUUCUGUUUCGUCCAACACCAGAACCUGAACUAAUGUUUUCUAAGUAGUCAGUUGCAAACCCAAAAAGCACAGAUUGUUCCAUACCUGACCCUGUUACAACUGAGGGUGUGAUCGAAUAUUGACCAACGGAAAACCCAAUGGUGUGUAGCAAUUGAUAUCAGACCCUGCAUCUGAUCAUUAAAAGUUCAGUUCUGGUCAAGAGAAAAUCCUGGUUUCUGUAUCGUUCAGCACCAGGUCCUGUUUUUUUAUUUAUUUUUUGUUUUUUUUGCAUUGGUCAGUGGCUUUCCAAUAAUUAUUGGUUGAUACCAGACCCAUUAUCUAUUGACGACAUCAUCAGAUUGAGACAAUGGAAGACCGAAGAGUCUGCUAAUGGAAAUAUCAGGUCUUGGGCAACAGGAAAUCCAGGUCUUGUUUUAUUUCUUUUUUGGUAUUGGUCAUUGGAAAACCCGGAUGUAUUGGUCGAUACCAAAAUAUGUAUCUACUGAUGACGUGAUCAGAUCCUAACAAAUGGAAAUCCCAAGUGUUUGUAUCAGUUGAUACCAGAUUCUGUAUCUGCUAAUUCUAUCAUCAGUUCUUGAUCACAAGCACAUCGAGGGUCUGGUUUUUGAUUAGAUUUUUUUUUCUAUUGGGCAACGGGAAACUCAGAUGUAUCAGUCGAUGCAGGUCUUGGGUCAAAAGCAAACCGCUGUCUGUAUUGUUUUAAACUAGAAUCUGAUUCUUUUGAUACCAGGUGUCAGGACCAGCUGAUACCACGUUCUGGUAUCUCAUUGCUAUAUGGAAUAUAUGUUAAUUGCCAGAUAUGGAAAACUCAUGUCUGAUAACAUAAUGAUUAGAUUUUGGCCAGUAGUAAACCUGUUCUCGGCUUCCUGUGACCUUCUAUUUUACAGAAAAAAAAAUUAACAUGGCAAAAAAAAGCCAGAAUGGUGCAAUAAAGAAGUUGAGCAGUGAGGAUUCUGUGACCCAUCGCUACAUGUUUUUUUUCUUUUAGUGUUUGCUUUUGUUAGGUUUUUGCAUGUAGUCAUACUUUGUUGUAUCAUUAUUGAUGUAAAUUGUGUUUGUAGUAAAUAUUCAUGCGGUCGUGUUAAUUCUGUAUUUCUCCCUGGAGCUUUUCUUUAGCAUCAAAUGGGAAAAUUAGCAUUUCAUACACACGUCUCUUGUGUUUUUCCAUUGUGUGCCAAAUUGAUGUUGAGCUUGUCAUGAAAAUGGUCUUUAUUUUCUUUGUAAACACAUGUACAAAAAUGGUAUAGUCUGUAGAAAACAGCAGCGUUAUUUUUUUAAAGAUGUGCUAAAGAGUUUUGCGUCUAACCGUGUGCCGUUUUUCCCGCUCGGUGACAAAACGUACUGUCACGUGAUUGGUGGAGAAAGCGCUUCUGUUCGUGAUCUGCACUGGCUUUGUCAGCUCUUCACUGGGACCGUGGCGAGGAGAGCGCCACCCAGUGGAAGAGAAGAUAGUGAUGAUGAUGAUGAUGACGUAGAGAUGUCUGAUUGGCAGUCAUCUGAAAGCUUAGUUUAUUGGCUAGGCUAGAGCUACACGCUAACGCACGAUCUCAAUAAAAGUGACCAUCAAUGU